UUAAAGAAUUAUAAGAAAUCAUAUUAGAUAAAAUGAUAUAUUAAAAAAUAGUUUGAGGAAAAAUAAAUCACUUCAGCUAGAAGGUUAUCUCUCCAAGAGGACUGGGUGACAGCCAGAGUAGCUAUUGGGAAUCCAAGAACCCAUAGCCCCACCUCUCCUCGACAUUAAAGGGAGGAACCUUCAGAUAGAGGCACCUUUAGACCUUCAAGCUACAUUCCAUAGAGGCUACUAGAUGCCUUGGGAUUAUCUUGGGGUGGGUGGGUGGAGAUGCCCCUAACCAAAGCUUUAGCCUGGCCCUGUUUUUUUUCUUUUGGGGGGGGGGCGAGGGGGGUUGUUGUUGUUUUACCCUGGGCAUAAUAGCAAGUACAAAUCUGAUUCCUGGCGUUCCCAGCUCAAAAACUUCAGAAGCCCUUUCACUAGUUCCUGAAUCAAGCCCUCACAAACCGUGUUUUGAUGAAGGGCUCCUUCCCCGCUCCCUGGGCUUCUCGCUCCUCCCCCUCGGUCCUCCAACCCCACUAACCCUCUAGCAGUGCUCUCACAGGAUGGGAGCUGACAUGUACUGUAUUUCUCAGUCUACACUGUACAUUUCCUAGGUAGAGCCCAGUGCUGUCUUAUACCCUGUUGUAUGAACAGGUUCAGCUCCAACCCACACUCUAUCCCUGUCUGCAAACUACAUCUCCUGAUCUCCGUAAACAGGUCUUCAAUAGCCAGGUGGUCUGAAGUGUCUGAAUUGCCUAAGUGUCUGUGUAUCUUAAGAAACGUUUCUUUUCUGGGUCUCAGUUUCCUUAUCUCUAAAAUGACGUGUUAGAACACAGAUUGUAUUUAAACAUGUUGGUUGGGAGCUGGGAUGCUUUGAAGACGGAGGGACUGUACGUUUUUUGUAUGCCCCCUCCGCGCCCAGCCUCCCAAAACAGGGCCACAGCAUACAUUCCAUAAAAGCUUGUUGAAUUGAUACCAAUAAGCUUCUACCCAGUGCUUGGCGCUUAGAGGCCCUCAACAAAUAAUUAUUAAGUUUAAUUGAAUGUUUGAUCUCACCAUUCUUGAGCACAGGAACCAUGUAUUCACUAGGGCCCCGGUAAUAGAAGACCAAGUCAGCUAGCUGGGUUUGCGUUCUCAAGAGGUUCACAGUUUAGUGUAGGAGGCUAAGACAAUAACUCGUUCAUUUAACAAAUAUUUUUUUUAACGUCAGUGUGUACACAGGUGGAAAAGGUGAGGCAAGAGUGAUCAUUCCCGGCUCCAGAUGAGGUUGAGACAUUGAUUGAUUCGGAGCGGCGACCUUCUGACCUUUUCAUUGGUUGUCGCGAACCCUCCCUUCUAUCACCCAACCAAUCCCGGAAGCGUGCUGGACGCCUCCCAGGCUGUGGGCAGCCAAUCAAAAGUGCCGAGGGUGGUGGCAGCUGGGGUGCUGACGCCGAUUUCAGUUCAGCGAAAAAUGACGCGGCCCGGACCGUCCAGUGGCUGGGGGUGCAGGGAGACCAGGCUCCGGCGAGCCGAGCCCUCCGGGCGCUGACCGCCGGCGGUCAUGGAGGACGAGCAACCCGACAGCUUGGACGGCUGGGUACCGGUCCGCGAGGACCUCUUCGCCGACCCCGAGCGGCACCAGCUGCGCUUCCUCGUGGCCUGGAACGACGUGGAGGGCAAGUUCGCUGUGACUUGUCACGACCGCACGGCGCAGCGGCGGCGGCGCGAGGGGAGCCAGCCCGGGCCCGAGCUGGUGUCCGAGCCCGUGUCCGAGGCCGCCGCGCCCCCGCCCAGCUGGGCAGGCCUGCUCUCGGCCGCCGGGCUCCGCGGCGCGCACCAGCAGCUGGCGGCGCUGUGGCCGCCGCUGGAGCGCUGCUUCCCGCGGCUGCCGCCGGAGCUGGACGCGGGCGGCGGCGGGGCCUGGGGCCUGGGGCUCGGGCUGUGGACGCUGGUAUGGCCGGCGCGCACGGACCCCGGCGAGGCGGCGCUGCAGGAGCUGUGCGGGCAGCUGGAGCGCUACCUGGGCCAGGCGGCCGACGGCUGCGGCGGCGCCGCGGUGCGCGACGCGCUCUUCCCUGCCGAGGGCUGCGCGGCCGACUGCGAGAGCCCGCGCGAGUUCCGGGAGCGGGCCCUGCGCGCGCGGCGGGACGAGGCGGGGGCGCGGCUGCGCCAGGUGCUUCAAGGGCAUGAAAAAGCCAACACCAUGGUAGCAUUAAUGAAAGUGUAUCGAGAGGAAGAUGAAGCAUACCAGGAAUUAGUUACUGCGGCAACCCUGUUCUUCCAGUAUUUACUGCAGCCAUUCAGGGAUAUGCGAGAACUUGCAACUUCAUGUAAGCUUGCUGUUUUGAAGUCCUUGGAUGAGGAUGGUCUGGGUCCUAAAAGGAUAGUUGCCCUGCAGAAGGAAGCCCAAGAAUGGACCAGACGGGCUGAAGAAGCUAUAGUCUCGAUUCAAGAUAUUACAGUGAAUUAUUUUGAAAAAACAGUAGAAGCAUUAGCAGGAAUGCAGAAACAAAUGGCACAGGAUGAGAAGAGAUUUGGUCAGGCUGCCUGGGCCACAGCAACUCCCAGGUUAGAAAAACUCAAGCUGAUGUUAGCUCGGGAGACUCUGCAACUCAUGAGAGCCAAAGAGUUGUGUUUAAAUCACAAAAGAGCUGAAAUUCAGGGAAAGAUGGAAGAUCUUCCAGAACAAGAAAAAAAAAUAAAUGUUGUAGACGAAUUAGAAAUACAAUAUUAUGAAGUUCAGUUAGAACUAUACGAGGUUAAAUUUGAGAUAUUAAAAUAUGAAGAAAUACUGCUUGUUACACAGUUGGACUCUAUUAAAAGACUUAUAAAAGAUAAACAGGAUGAAGUUAUCUAUUACGAUCCGUGUGAAAAUCCAGAGGAACUUAAAGUCAUGGAUCGUGUAAUGGGGCUGCAGGAUGAUAAGAAUUUGGAGGUGAAGGAACUCAGCCGGCAGUGCCAGCAGCUGGAAUCUAAACGGGGCAGGAUCUGUGCCAGAAGAGCCCGUCUCAGGAACAGAAAGGAUCACUGCAAAGAAAAUCAUCGACUCAGAUUGCAACAGGCUGAAGAAAGCAUAAAAUAUUUGCAUCAGCAUCAUAGCGUUCAGAGGAAAAGAGACCAGAAAAAAGAGGAGGAGCAAAAGAAAAAAGAAUGGAUAAACCAAGAACGCCAAAAAACACUCCAACGAUUGAGAGCAUUUAAAGAGAGAUGUCCAAGUCGCUCUGUCCUAAAGAGCUCUCGCCCACAACCUGUGGCUCCACACCGGCCGAGUGGACUUCCCCGGCAGACAUCCCCGCCGACUUCUCAGAUGACGGCGGUGAUCCAUCCGUCCUCUAGGAAAACCAGAAGCGCUCCCUUAUCUGAAGUUAGUAACGUGAUAACCCCUGAGCAUGAAGACUGUGCUAGAAACAUCCCUGUUCAGACUUUUGUUCCAGUUGGUGCCCAAACACACUCCAAAUCAAGUGAGGAGUUGCCACUGCCUCCCCCUCCUCCUCCUCCUCCUCCUCCUCCUCCUCCUCCACCACCACCACCACCACCACCACCACCACCGCUGCCCCUCCCUGCUCCGCCCUUUUCUUCUCAAUCUGCAAAUCGUCGGAAUUUACACUUCAGGACUUCAGCGAAAGAUGAUCAGCCGCAUCCUCUAGUGUGUGAAUCGCCCGCUGAGAGCCCGUGUGGUUCCUCAGACAGUUUUACCUGCCCAGGGUCGAUGGACGAAGUGCUGGCCUCCUUAAGGCAUGACAGGGCCCCUCUCCAGAAGGUGCAAGCGCCCACAUUGUCCCCUCCCCGUGCCUCAGUCAAUGAGCACAUUCUGGCUGCCAUAAGGCAAGGGGUCAAACUGAAGAAAGUUCACCCUGACCUUGGCCCGAGCCCCAGCAAUAAACCCACCAGCGACCUGGAGAGGAGCAUCAAGGCGGCGCUUCAGAGAAUUAAGAGAGUAUCUGCUGACUCGGAGGAGGAGGACGAUCGUGAUGAGCAGAACCCUAGCGAGUGGGACCGUUAGCCUCUCCGCCAAGGCCCAAGGCUCGUUCUGGAAAAGCAUGUGAAUGGGGUGCUGGCAGACUGGCCACAUAACGCCCCGAAAGAUCAGCAGGGCUGGGCGUGUGACGUUGCAGCUUUAUUUAACGCUGCAGCUCUUAAAGUCAGGGAAGGAAGGAGAGACGUGGUGCCUUUCACGCAUCUAAGAACCCCCGGUGAGCACCGCUGGCAUAAGAAAAUGGUAGUUAUUGUUCACCACGGAUAAUCUAGAAUCAUUCCCUUAUUCUGAAAAACGUUUACACUGCUAUGGUAAACAGCACUACUGACCGUUCCUCCCGAGUGUGUGUAGUGGUUUCCUGAGAUUGAAAGGUUUGAAUGUGAACGUUAUUUUAACAAUAAUCCGAAUAAGUUGCUUAUAAGCAGAAAUUAUUUUAAAUAUUUUACAGGAAAUGUAUUUCAUGUAUCAGGCAGUAUAUAAACUCAUAAUAAAGAACUAUUUAUAAUGCA